AUGGCAGAUCCAAGCUCGACACCCGGCCCAAAGCCGAGUAGCAGCGUUAAGCUGGUUCUGCUCGGUGAAGCCGCCGUUGGAAAGUCGUCUCUCGUUCUGCGAUUCGUGAACAAUGAUUUUCAAGAGAAUAAAGAGCCUACCAUCGGAGCUGCCUUCUUAACCCAAAAAUGCUCUCUGCCUACCCGCACAAUCAAAUUCGAGAUAUGGGAUACCGCAGGCCAAGAACGUUUCGCAUCCCUCGCUCCCAUGUACUACCGAAACGCCCAGGCCGCACUCGUCGUAUAUGACCUGACCAAACCAUCCUCUCUGAUCAAGGCCAAGCACUGGGUUGCUGAGCUUCAGCGACAAGCAAGCCCUGGAAUAGUCAUCGCCUUAGUGGGAAACAAGCUUGACUUGACGAGCAGUGACGGCGCAUCGGGACCUACUGGAGACUCCCCCGCAGGCCCAGAUGGCACCAACGAAGAAGGCGAUGGAGAAGGGGAGACAUCCGGAAACAGCAACGAAACCGACGAGCAGGAUGAGCAAGACAGAAGCCCUAGUGGAGAUGCGAGAAAAGUAUCUGUGCAAGAGGCGAGUGCGUACUCUGAAGCUGAGGGUCUACUAUUCUUCGAAACCAGUGCCAAGACCGGUUUCAAUGUUGCGGAGGUGUUCACUGCCAUUGCAAAUGCCAUCCCCGAGGCAAGCCUGAAGAGCUCUAGGGGUGGUGCUGGAACUAGUGGAGCCGCUGGAAGUACCGGUCUUGGUGCUGGAACACGGUCAGGAGAUGAUUCUAGGAUCAACCUUCGAGAUAGAGGGCAAGCCGGCGCAAAGGAAGGGUGCGCUUGCUAG